UUUCAAUUCCAAAACCAAAAUGCCAUCAAUAACCCGCAGCAACUGAUGAAUCAAAAUCAACAAAAUCAGCAAUUUCAACAGGCUUUGAAUCAACAAAACCAACAAAACCAAAAUGAUCAGAAUAAGUCUUCAAACAGAAGGAUAGUGGAUCAUGGUAACUCAAUAAUGAAAUGGUUUAUUGAAAGAAACUUGGGCCACGAUUCAAUCAAUAUUAAUGGGAUAAUCAGACCUGAAGCCUCAUAUUUAAUCGAUUUAUUUCCCCCAAUAGCUUACAGAAAUAAUAAUCUUGAUUACGAUUUACAAACAAAAUUCGUUCAUUUAUCUGCCAAUAAGGCAAAGCAUGCUAUCCAUACUGUCAAAUGGACACCAGAAGGUAGAAGAUUACUAGUCGCCUCUUACUCUGGUGAAUUUACUCUUUGGAAUGGAAUGACUUUUAAUUUCGAAACUAUAAUGCAAGCUCACGAUUGUUCAAUUUUUGCUCUCACUUAUUCUCAUGACGAUAACUGGUUAUUAAGUGGCGAUCAACAAGGCAAAAUCAAAUUUUGGCAACCAAAUUUUAAUAACGUUAACAUAAUCGAUGCUCAUCCGGAAUAUUCAAUUAGAGAUAUAGCAUUUUCUCCAAAUGAUUCAAAGUUUGUAUCUUGUUCUGAUGAUCGAUUUUUAAAAAUCUGGGAUUUUAACAAAACCAUUUUAGAGAAAAAUCUAAAGGGCCACAAUUGGGAUGUAAAAUGUUGUGACUGGCAUUGUAAUUUAGGUCUAAUUGUCAGUGGUUCAAAAGAUAACUCAUUGAAAUUAUGGGAUCCAAGACAAUCUAAUUCUGUUUUCACUAGUUUGGGCUUUAAACACAAUGUUACAAAGACAAAAUUUCAGCCAAAUGGCUCUCAAAGAUUAAUAGCAAGUGUGUCAAAGGAUAAAAGUUGUAGAAUCUUCGAUUUAAGAAUGAUGGCUGAUUCAAUCGUAAUUAGAUCUCAUGAAGCAGAAUUAAGCUGUGUUGCAUGGCAUCCUAUUCAUUCUUCGAUGAUAACUACCGGUGGUUACGAUGGUUCAAUGAAUCACUAUUUAUUAGAUAUGUUACCUUCAAAUUACGAUUCUUUAAAUCUUAGUAGAAACAUCCCUCAAAAUUCUUUGCAACCUGUUCAUACAAUUCCUUAUGCUCAUGAAAAGGCAAUAAAUUGCUUGGAAUACCAUCCUUUGGGCCAUUUACUUUGUUCAGCUGGUGCUGAUAGAUCUGCUCGAUUUUGGUGCAGAUCAAGACCAAAUGAUCCUUCUGCAUUCAUUGAACCUCCUUAUACAAACGAUAAGCCCAGCGCCUGGUACUAUGGGAUCAAUAAUAAUGUCAAUGCUGUUCAAGAACCUACUCCUCAAAUGUUGAAAUUUAAAUCACAACUUUUACCAGAGUCUGGCGAGAAUACUAGUUCAUCUAUUUCCACCAACAUGAAUAAUAAUCCUGCUGGAAAAAUCAAUAACAACAACAAUUCUGUGAAUGAUAAUAACAAUGGGAAUAAUACCAAUAAAAACAGCAAUCUUAAUAAUAAAAGAGCCGAUGAUAACCUUCAAACUGAUGAAAAACAUUCACAUACUUCUUUUGCGUUCCCUGGGUUAGGUAACUCUGAAAGAAAAAAAGAAGCUGCACCAGUUUUGAAUGAAUUAAAUGAAUUAGUUUCUGGGUUUGAUGCUGCUCCAAUUCCAGGUUUUGGAAGCAGAAAGAAAUCAUAAAGUGCCCAUGUAGUUCAUUGAGUAACUAGAUUGAAUAUCAAGAGAAAAGGAGAAAACAAAAAGGCAAAAGAAAACAAAAAAAAAAUUAAAAAAAAA